UUUUUUCCUUUUUGCCUCGUCGAUCAACCAGCGCCACGACCACCACCUCCACCAUCUCAUCAUCCAAGUCUUGCUGCUGCAGCAGGGAAGAAGAUGUGAAGGCCUAGGGUUUUGCUUUUUCGCUCCCCGCACUCCGAGUGCGCUAACUACACAUCCCGCAGCGACGUCCUACCUUGUAGUGCCCCCUAGCUAGACAGCCUGUGGAGCUUUUAGGCGAGGGGAGGGGAGUUGAGCGUGCGUGGAGGACGAGGGGGAUUCAGAAGCGACAGCGCGAGGGGACUGUGGAAUGGAUGUGCAAGAGCGAUAGGGGGGAGCUCAUGACGGGGUGCUGCCGCAGCUGAUGCUGCUGCUUGUGGAGCUGUUGGGAAUCGGGGUUAGCUGUGGCGGAGGUGGUGUGAGUACAAUUAGGGCCUAGGUGGCUGUAAACUCGAGGGGAUUGGCUCUUGAUCUGGUGGAGGCAGCGGCGAAGCGCUAGUAGUUUAACGUGGCCUGGGGCUUGACGUCUUAGUGUUUUUGCAACGGUGUUAAUUAUAAGUAGGUUAUUUGGAAGGUAUGUCUGUGAUGUCUUUGGAGGAGCCAGUGGAGCUUAAGUUCCGUUUAUAUGACGGAACUGACAUUGGUCCCAACAAAUAUCCCCCGGCAACUACUGUAGCCAACAUCAAAGAGAGUAUCCUCAACCAUUGGCCAAAAGAGAAACAAAAUGGUCCGAAGUCGAUUCACGACCUUAAAUUGAUAAAUGCCGGUAAAAUUCUGGAGAAUAGCAAAACUCUUGCUGAUUCCAGAGUACUGUUGGGGGAAAUUCCGGGAUGUGUGAUUACCAUGCAUGUUGUCAUACGGCCACCUACGAAUGAUAAAGCUAGUGCAGGAAAACAGCAGUCUGAAACUCCCAAGAAUAAACCGUGCUGCUGUACAAUACUUUAGCCUUCUGGAAGCGCUUUGCAUGUGUAGGAAGGGGAAUCUGAACCAAAGCGUGAUGUCAUAGGUCAAAGUACGAAACACCUGGGUGAUGAGGCAGUUGUGUUUGCUGCCCCAAGUUCAAAUCAAAGACGAUGUUGACGUAGUGCAUAGUUGCUCUGGUGGUGGUGGUGGUGGUGGUGUGUUCGUCACUCAAAAAUCGUCACAAUUAGUCAGCAGACGUUGCUCCAGACCUGGUGAUAUCUAGGUCAGUGUGAAUACAGCAGUAACUUGCUGUGAGCAUUCCUUUCAUUGCAAUAUUUUUGCGAGUGUUUCUUGGGAGUGGAGCAUGGACCACAUGGAAAGAGACAAAGACCUCGGGCAAGCCAAGAUUAUUGAGUCUUUUUGUCCUGGAGCAUCACCUAGACAGUUAGAGAAUGCACGUUGAAGUCCUACAUAGGAAAGAUGUGCAGCUGUAUACAAUAAUAUGGUGCACAUUAGGUUGUGCAUGGCCUGCCGAUGUAUGGCCUUCUCAGAGGAUAUGAGCAUGUUUGUGCUUUGCUGAGAGGCCUUGCAUAAGGUCAACUUUCAGGACCUGUCCGCUCAUGUGUCUCAUUGUGUGAAUUGUCAUGUCUGCUCUCCCUUACCUACAAUCGGAGAAAGGUUCGAUUGGAGGCAGGUAGAACAUCUUGCUUUGCCUUAUACGUUAGAUUCGUGCACGUGGAAGAGUUUAGUACGACGAAAACCUUAGGUUCUCAUAUUUGUGACCUACUUAGCUGACUCUAGACAUGCAUUUACUGUUCACCCUUUAAUUAUGUAUAGUUAUAUAAAACUAGUACGUAUUGUGGAGAUGAACUAGAUCAGUGCUGGUAGUGCAAGUUUUACAGCAUUGUCUGCACAUGACUUUUUGUAUGAUACAUUUCUUAAGUUUUCACCUUAAUAUUGAAGCAUUGGUUCAAUUUCUA